GCCAUGCAACCGCCCAGCUGUCCCUCUCCUACGACAGAUUACAUCAUGGCGGUGAAAUCCCCCCAAAAAAUUCGAAGAUAAUCGGGGAACCUUUUUUGAAAUCGGUCGAAUUGAGGUAGGGGAAAAUGUGGAGGAGCUGGUUCAGGAACAAAUAUGGAAGUAAGGUGUCUGAAAUUGGCGGCAAAAUAAUCCCGAAAAUUAGGGAUUUUCCCGCUCUGAAAGGUCACCCCGCCGCGCGGAAGCAUGCCGAGCAAGCUGUGGAAUCUCACGAGGCUCUGAAAGGAAGAGUUAGGUCGCUGAAGAAAGAGUUCAGGAUUUACCGGUGGAGCCCCGACGAUCGCCGCCGUCCGAAGCCGUUUCUUCAGUCCUUCUUCGUGGAUCUCUCCCGCUGUGGACCUAUGGUUCUCGACGCAUUACAAAAAAUAAAAUCGGAAGAUGAUUCGAGCUUGAGCUAUAGGAGAUCUUGUAGAGAAGGAAUUUGUGGAUCAUGCGCGAUGAAUAUUGAUGGCACUAAUACAGUCGCAUGCCUCAAGCCGAUUGAUACAGACACUAGCAAGGCUACUAUCAUCACACCUCUGCCCCAUAUGUAUGUGAUUAAGGAUUUAGUUGUCGAUCUCUCCAAUUUUUACCAGCAAUACAAGUCGAUUGAGCCGUGGCUCAAGACGAGCAAGCCCUCGCCGGACAUGAGGGAAUAUAGGCAAACCAUAGCCGAAAGGAAGCGGCUUGACGGGCUAUAUGAGUGCAUACUUUGCGCUUGUUGCACCACCUCUUGCCCUUCCUAUUGGUGGAACCCUGAGGAGUUUCUCGGCCCUGCGGCUCUUCUUCAUGCUUAUCGAUGGAUUAGCGACAGUCGGGAUGAUUAUACCGAAGAGCGGUUGCAAGCAAUAACGGAGGAUGAUACAAAAUUAUACCGAUGUAGGACUAUACGAAAUUGCACGGCUACAUGUCCGAAAAGCUUGGAUCCGGCGAGUGCCAUCAACAGGAUGAAGACGGUACAUUUACUUGCCAAGAGAGAGUGAGAAUUGGAAGAUGAUCAAGAUUGUCCAAAGGCAGAGGACAGAUGGAUCUUUUGAACUCAAGUUAUCAUCUACCCAAUUUAGGUAUAAUGUUGUGAAUUAAGAUUACAUUUCUAAUUCUAUGUUAAAUAUGUUGGUAAGAAA